AGCUUAUGCACGCCGACAACGACCGAAUCACACAUCAACGAAAAAUUCUCCCUCUGCGGUUUCUUUCGAUUUCUGUUUCUCGUUCUCGGCUGAAUUGCUUCGCCUAGCGCGAAUAAAAUUUUGUCAUUUCUCCUGCGACUUUAUCGGUUACGUAGCGAUCAUCAUGGCAGGCAACCCUCUCUUUGAGGCGAGCAAGCUGCAGUUCCACGCACCUGAGUUCGACAAGAUCAAAGCCCAGCACUUCGCCCCUGCGUUCGAUGCGGGCAUGGCGGAGUAGCUGGCGGAGCUGAAGGCCGUUAAGGAGUGCACCGAGGAGCCGACGUUUGAGAACACUGUGCAGGCUCUGGAACUCUCUGGGCGGCUCUUCACGCGCGCCACGACGAUCUUCUUCAACUUAUGCUCCGCCAACACGUCGCCUGCGAUGCAGAAGCUCGAACAGGAGUACGCGCCGCAGUGUGCGGCGCACCGGGACGCCAUUUUCCUUGACCGCAGUCUGUAUGAGCGCCUCCGCGCGGUGUCCACCAAGCGGGAGCAGCUCGAGGAGGCCGAGGAUCGACGUCUUGUGGAGGUGCUGGCGCAGAAAUUUACGAUUGCGGGUGCUGCCCUCUCGGAAGAGAAGAAGACCGCCUUGCGUGACAUCAACGCACGCCUCGCAACACUAGAGACGAUCUUCGGUCGGAAGCUGCUUGGCACCAACCUUGCCGGCUCGUUGAUUGUUGACACAGAGGCAGAAUUGGACGGCCUCAGUGCAGAGCAGCUGAUGGUGGCGAGACGCUUUGCUGCGUCGCUGGGCCGUUGCGACGAGUUUGCUCUGAAGUUGCUCAACACAACUCAGCAGCCGCUGUUCGCGUCGCUAAAGACACGCGAGACGCGCCGCCGCCUGUACGAAGCCAGCGUGAAUCGUGCCAGCCGCAAGGACGACAACGACACCCGCUCCACCAUUGAAGAAAUUCUGCUCCUGCGGCUGCGGAAGGCGCAUCUAUUGGGCAAAGCGUGCUUUGCGGACUGGAAGCUGCAGGACCAGAUGGCAGAGCGGGAGACGGCAGAGAAGCUGCUGUUGGACCUGACGCCGCCUGCGAUGGCCGCCGUGGAGCGCGACGCGCACGAGAUACAGGAGCUCAUCAAGGCACGAGGCAACGACUUCGUGGUGGAGCCAUGGGACUGGGCCUUCUACGCGGAGCAGGUCCGCAAGCGAAAGCACGACCUGGACGAGGCGGAGCUCAUGCCACACUUUGAGCUGCAGACGGUUCUCGAGAAGGGUGUCUUCUUUGCGGCGAACCAGCUCUACGGGAUUACAAUGGUGCGACGUACCGACCUACCCGUGUACGAUCCCGACACGCUCUGCUACGAGGCCUUCGACGCCGACGACACGUCACUGGCGCUCUUCUACCUAGACCCGUAUGAGCGACCCAACAAGAAGGGCGGGGCGUGGAUGACGUGUUAUGUCCUUCAGUCAAAGCUGCUACAGCAGCGGCCGGUUGUGUUCAACGUGUUGAACGUGCCCAAGCCCGAUCCCGGCAAGCCGACGCUCCUUUCGCAGCGCAACAUCAUUACCCUCUUCCACGAGUUUGGCCACGGUCUGCACGGCAUGCUGAGCGACAAAAAGUUCGCCUCGCUGGCCUGCACCAACGUCCCACGCGACUACGUGGAGUUGCCGUCGCAGGUGAAUGAGAAGUGGGCGCACUACGGCGACGUGUUGAAGCACUACGCUAUCCACUACGAGACGAAGGAGCCGAUACCGCAAUCGCUGAUUCACAAGAUGCAAGCCGCCGAAAAGUUUGGUGGCGGCUUCCAGACGCUGGAGAACAUCAAAGCCUCUGCCGUGGAUCUCUAUUUGCACUCCAUCACCGACGAGAAGGACUUCCGGCCAAUUCCAGAGAUGGAGAGGGCGGCGAUGGAGCACUUCCAAAUGGGCAUGCCGGCCGUGCCACCACGCUACUUCACGCCCUACUUCGCUCACACCUUCCAGUGGGGCUACUCCGCCGGGUUUUAUGCGUACACAUGGGCGAAGUUGCUAGACUGCGAUGCGUUUGAGUGGUUCCGCGAGCACGGCGGCCUCGCCCGCGCCAACGGCGACCACUUCCGCAAAUGCGUCUUAUCGGUUGGCAACACGAUUGAUUUGAAUCAAGCAUACUUCAACUUUGCGGGACGCAAGCCAGGCGUUGGUCCUCUGCUGCGCAGCCGUGGCCUUUAG